UGCGGACAAGAAGGAAACCAAGUAACCAUCGCCGAAGUGGUUGGAUUCUUCGCGGCCUGUCGGAUUGUUUUAUGUCAGUGGGGGGGAGAAACGAAAACGCAACGUUACAAAGUACUUAUCCCUGCUCGGACGGAUCUUUACACUAGCGUGAAGCCACUCCGGGGGUCGCCGUCACAUGAAACGGUCUGCAAAGUCGGAUGAAAGGUCUCCACUAGAGCUCGACUGGACAGGACGAAGACAAACAGGACAGGAAACAGGAAAUCACAUGUGUGCUGGUGGUCAUGGCCUACUCCAACUACAGCAACCUGAGCAGAGCUCAGCUCACCUUUGAGUACCUGCACACGAAUUCGACAACCCACGAGUUCUUGUUUGGAGCCUUGGCAGAGCUUGUGGACAAUUCAAGAGAUGCCAAUGCCACACGAAUAGACAUCUACACAGAAAAAAGGCCAGAGCUGCGGGGCGGCUACAUGCUCUGUUUUCUGGACGACGGUAUUGGAAUGGACCCGAACGAGGCGACCCACGUGAUCCAGUUUGGAAAGUCAAACAAACGGUCCCCUGAGUCCACUCAGAUUGGCCAGUAUGGAAACGGCCUGAAAUCCGGCUCUAUGCGUAUCGGGAAAGACUUCAUCCUUUUCACAAAAAAGGGCAACACGCUGACUUGCCUUUUCCUGUCGAGGACUUUCCACGAAGAGGAGGGACUGGAUGAGGUGAUAGUCCCGCUCCCGUCCUGGGAUCUGAAGACCAAGGAGCCGCUGACCUCUGACCCAGAGAAGUACGCCAUAGAGACGGAGCUGAUCUUCAAGUACUCGCCUUUUAAAAAUGAACAUCAGCUGAUGGAGCAGUUCAACAAAAUAGAAAGUAGCAAUGGGACCCUUGUGAUCAUCUAUAAUCUGAAGCUGAUGGACAACAGAGAACCAGAGCUGGAUGUAGACACGGAUCACCAGGACAUACUGAUGGCUGGGACACUUGCUGAAGGAGUGAAGCCCGAGAGGAGGUCGUUCAGGGCGUACGCUGCUGUUUUGUACAUCGACCCACGCAUGAGGAUUUUUAUCCAGGGACAUAAAGUCAGGACCAAGAGACUGUCCUGCUGUCUGUAUAAACCAAGAGUUUAUAAAUACUCAUCGACGCGUUUUAAAACUCGCGCUGAGCAAGAAGUGAAGAAAGCAGAUCACCUUGCUAAGAUCGCGGAAGAGAAAGCCAGAGAGGCAGAGAGUAAGCGCAUAGCUUUGGAGGCCAGAUUAGGGCAGGACCUGUCAAAAGACUCACGGGCGAUCCUGAGAAAAGUUCAAGAUUCAGCCAUGAUGCUCCAACAGGAUGCUGAAAUGAAGAAAAGGACUCUCGAAGCCAAACAGAGAGCAUUAAAGGAGCCCAAGGAGUUGAAUUUUAUAUUUGGAGUGAACAUUGGGCAGAGGGACCUGGAUGGGAUGUUUGUAUACAACUGCUCUCGUCUCAUCAAGAUGUACGAGAAGACAGGGCCCCAGCUGGAGGGAGGCAUGGCCUGUGGAGGUGUGGUUGGAGUAGUGGAUGUCCCAUAUUUAGUUCUAGAGCCUACUCACAACAAACAAGACUUUGCAGAUGCUAAGGAGUAUCGACAUUUACUGAAAACCAUGGGGGAACAUUUAGCUCAGUACUGGAAGGACGGUAACAUCGCUCAGAAAGGUAUAGUGAAGUUCUGGGAUGAGUUUGGGUAUCUGUCUGCCAGCUGGUCUGCACCUCCGUCUUCAGAGCCCAGAUACAAGAGACGCCGCGCAAUGGAAAUACCACUUACUAUUCAGUGUGAUAAAUGUUUAAAGUGGAGAACGCUGCCAUUCCAGAUGGACGCUGUGGACAAACGCUACCCAGACAGUUGGGUGUGUCUUAUGAACCCCGACAGCAGCCAGGACAGGUGUGACGCUCCUGAGCAGAAACAGAAUUUGCCAUGUGGUGUUCUGAAGAAAGACAAGCAGACAGCUGAAGACAAACAGAAGGAGCUGACCGAGAAAAUCAAACAGCAGCAGGAGAAAUUAGAGGCCUUGCAGAAAACCAGCACCAUCAAAUCUGCAGCAGAUAUAAAGAAGCUACCGCUGGAGGUCAGCAUGAAACCAACAGAGAGCUCCUCACAGGCAAGUAGGUCUUCUGAAAAGUCUACAACACGGCCCCGGUCCCCACCUCUCCCAGCUCACCUCAAAAAUGCCCAGAGUGCCCCUCCAUCUCGUGCAGCUUCUCAGCGCCCCACUCGAACACCCGCCUCUCCACCACCCAAAGUCGAGCAAUCCAGGUCCAGAGCUGCAGCAAAGCCUCCUCUACCAGCAGCAAAGCCUGUACCCAAAGCUACUGCCAAAACACCCCCACCCAGCCGCAGCUCACGGACACCUGCCAAAGCAUCAUCAGCCAAACCAGCAGCUGUUGGACAACGCAAGAGAAUCAUAGAGCAGGAGGACAGUGAAGAGGAAGAGGAGGAGGAGGAGGAGGAGGAGGAAGAAGAAGAAGAGGAAGAGGAGGAGAGUGAAGAGGAAGAACCGCAGACAAAGAAAUCCAAGAUGGCUGCAGCGGUUGCCAACCGUGGGAAAGUGGUAGAGAAGGCCUUGCCUCCAAGACGUGGAAGAUUGGAUGAGGUUAACACACACUCACAGUCUGAGAAGAAAGGGCUUUCUACUCCUACACGGCAGACAACAACCACACCAGCCUCUGUCCAUAAAUCCAUUUCCAUGCAGCCACAUGGCGCUAAAGCAAAGGCAUCUGAGAAGUCCUCGCAUCAGGAACCAGAGAAUGACACUAGAAAUGCUCAGAGAGAUAAGGGUCUGCUGGUUGAAGUGCGUGUCAAUAAGGAGUGGUACACAGGCAAAGUCAUUGCAGUGGAGACAAAUAAACAGAAUGUACGCUGGAAAGUGAAGUUUGACUAUGUCCCUAGAUCCACCCCUAAAGACCGAUGGGUGUUUAAGGGUAGUGAUGAAGUCCGGUUGAUGAGGCCGCCAUCCCCAAUCUCUCAGACACCUGACACCCAGCAGGAGACCGAGAAAGGGCCGGCACCCAUGGAGCCAGACACUACUCAACCAGGAACCAGUCGAGAGGUGACUGACAGCCUGGUCACCAUGUUGAGGACAAUGCUGCGUUACUUCUUCCCUCCCGCUUUUCGGAUCCCGAAAGACGAUGUCAACACCAUGACGGCUGAGGAAUUGGUUGCAUUUCCAAUGAAAGAGUAUUUCCAGCAGUAUGAAUCGGGUCUCCAGUCAUUGUGUAACUCGUACCAGAGCAGAGCUGAUGCCAGGGCCAAAGCUGUGGAAGAGAAGAGCAACAGCACUGAGGUCAAACUGAAGGAGGCGGACGAGAAACUACAGAAACUCCGAACAAACAUUGUAGCACUCCUGCAAAAAGUACAAGAGGACAUUGACAUAAACACAGAUGACGAGCUUGACGCCUACAUAGAAGACCUCCUCACCAAGGGUGAUUAAAGAAGACAGGAGAGAAUGUAAGAGAGAGAAGAGGACAUGCACAUAAACAGACUGGCAGUUUUCAUUCCAGCCUUUAACUUGCUGACGGCUUCCCAAGGACUCAUGCUUAGGCAAAGAGUUGGCUGUGAAUAUUUGGGAAUAUUUUCUGUAUUUGUCCCCCCACUUGUUAAAUCCGAUUGUCCUAAGUUUGAUCUUUGAUUUGAUUUUUUUUUUAAGUUAGCACAAGUGCGUUCUUUAAGUUUGGGAAGGUUGUCUGGUGUUUCCACAUUGUUGCGUAGCUUUCUGUGGUUUUCUCUUUGAGUCCUUUUUAUAUACCUGCUUAUAAAGUAUGUUAAUCUAUGUUAAAGCCAUCCUAUCCUGAUUGACCUUUAAAAUCAUUUGUGUAGGCUUAAUACAACUUAUGCUCUCUUUAUAUAGUCAGCUGAUGCUGCGACAAACUGCAGACUACAUUUGUUCCUCAGUUUGGUUUAUCGUCAGGUGAGAAUCGGACAGAAGUUGGCUCGACUGGGCGGUGCUCAGAACUGCAGCGUGUCUCCUCAGCAUUAAGUUUUAUUUUUCUACACUAAAAAACACAUCAGUGUUGCUCAUUACCUUCCUCCAUCCUGGUCUGAGAGGAAACCAGGUUAAUAUUUUACGGUUGGGUGGUAUCUCACCCACAAACAAGAACUACUUACUGGGUUUUAUCAGUAUGAUUAUUCCCUUGUAUCCCUCCUGAAUUUAAGCUAUGACUGUUCUGUGUUUAUUUUUGGAAGGAAAAAAAAUAAUUUGAAUGCGAAAGUUGUGUGUUCAUAAUUAGUCACUGUGCCUGUGUCCUUUCUUUUGAACAGAUUUUUAACAUGUCAUGGAAAUGUUUUAUUAAACGGUGCAUGCUUUCUGUCUUUUUGUUCUGAUUAGAACAAAGGAUUCUGUAUUUUUGACAAAUCUUUACUUAGAACAAUAAAACCGGUUCAGCAACACCUAUGA